AUGUUGGAGCAGACGACGAAUGGAGAUAGAGUAUUUGAUCAAGGGACUCUACUGAAGGAGGCCUGGGCCCCUCGACUCACUCGAGGGGACUCAAUUCCCCAGUUUGUCCAGCACUCUCGCCCUCAAGAGGCGGGAUCGAGAUGGUACCAUGCGGGACCUAGGCAUAAAGCAGGCGUGAUCCCACCGCAGAAUGUUGAUCGAUGGGGGACCGUGGGAUCUGCCGUGAUCAACCUGGCUACGGUUAGAUCCAAGGCCUUCCAGUUAGAAAGUUAA